UGGACGACAAGCUGCUACAGUACCUGCAGGAGAGGCGCGGGCUGCUGCGCUGGCAGCGCCUGCUAGUCAAGGUCUUUCUCAAGCUCAGGGACGACCACGAGGAGGAGCCAAUGGGCGCGGAGGAGGAGCGGCCAGGGGAGGGCAGGAUGAGGGGUAUGGGGGAGGAGGCGAACGGGAGGUGGUACCGGGAGGGCGGCAUGGGCAUGGGCAUGGGGGGUAUGAGAGGAGGGGCGGAGUCGGGGGAGGACGAGGAGGAAUCGGAGCUGAGAAUGUCGGUGAACUGGGAGAGGAGGUGGAUGAGGCGGCCUGGGAUUCAGGGUGGGGGCAAGGGGCGGGUGCUUUCAGAAGCGGAGGAAGCGGCGCUGGUGGAUGAGACGGUAGAGCGCAAGGCGAGGUACCAGUCGUUAGUGGCGGACCUAGGUGCGUGGAUCAACGUGUGCGAGUCCGAGUCCGAGUGCAACCUCCUCUGGAUGGAGACACAGGAGGUGAGGGCGCGCGUCCCAGCCCCUCCCGCUGCGGCAGCUGCCGCUGCAGCAGCAGCGGCAGACGCAGCUGCAGCCGCAGCCGCAGCAGCCACAGCUCGAAGCUCCACCACAGAGGAAGCAGAAGCAUCUACUCCUGGUACACCCCCCACCUCCUCCACUAUCAUUGGCGAUGGGUUCACGGAUCUGACCAUCCCUUGGCCUAUCGAGGAAGCCACUCCCCUGCCUCUCUCCUGCAGUGAGUUCUUGCGCUGCUUUGGCUUUGACUCCCGGUGGGCGCCGAGGGAAUUGCCUGAGGACAGGAGGAGGGAGAGGCAGAGGAGGAAGGCAGCUGCCGCUGCUGGUGGCGGUGCUGGUAUUGGGGGUGUCGGGAGCAUGGGCAGUGGGUAUGGUGCGGGUUACGGUGUGGUAGAUGGUGGUGCGUAUGGUGGUGGUGGGUACAGUACCAGAGGCGGCAGCAGCAGCCGCGGCGCGCGCAAGGGGUUGCAGAGAGGAGGCGCGGGUGCAGCGGGAGAGGAGCGUAGCCACGGGCUGUGGCUAGCCAUCGGCGAGGACGUGAGUGAGCUGCGGGCUCUCUCGCACUUCAUCAUGCGGAACAUGACGCGGGGGGAGGCGGGCACGCGCAAGCUCUUCCAAGUGCUGGAUGUGGUGGGGCUGUCUCGCGAGGACUGGCAGUGCCUGUUCCUCGUGUGGUUCCGGUCGGUCAAGGUGGAUGAUCUGCUAUCGGUGGGUCUGGAUGUGCUCAUGGACGUGAUUCACUGCAUCGGAUGGCUGCGCGAGGACGAGGACGAGGAGGAGUAUGAGGAGAUCAGCAUGCUGGAUUCCCCCGGCCCUGCUUCUGCUGCUGCUGCUGCUGCUGUGGGAGCGUCUGGCAGAAGGGGCAUGGGAGGGUCAGAGCAGGCGAGGCUGGGGGGAAGAGGAGCCCGGUCCAUUCGGAUGAACCUGCGAGACCACGUCCCUCCGGGCGGCCGCUUCCCGCUCUUCUUUGGCUGGUGCCAGGUCACCGGCGCGGUGGCCAAAGCCCUCUUCAUGGCGCGCCUCUGUGCUCAAGUAGCCAAGGAGAACCUCCAGCACAUAGCGCUGGAAAUGGUCAGAGGUGCCGCUCCCGCCGCCAGCCCCAGACGGCUGACGCGGCGCUGGACACAUGGCAUGGGCGCGGGGGCGGACAGGGGCAUGGGGGGGCAGCUAGGGGAGGUGGAUCUGGUGCAGGCGAGGAUGGAGGGCGCGACGAUGGAGAAGCGCAUGAAGCGGCUGCAGGAGGACUCGUUUGUGGAGCAGCGGGGUCUGGAGCAGUGGCUGCAGCUGGCCAAGCAGGUGGACGACGCGUGGAUGCUGGGCCGCGCCAUGCUGCAUAUCACCAAGCUGUCGGCCGCCCAUGGGAUCAUCGUCACGCGCUCGCGUGUGCCGUCCGCAGCGGAGGUGUCGUCCUUCCCUGUGCCGCUGUGGGUGGCGAAGCUGCAGUUGCUGAUAUCGCCGGCAUCUGGGGUGGUGCGGCACCUGCACAUGGCGCUGCUGCACUCUGUGAAGGAGCCGGCGUCGAGGCGAGAGGUGGGGAUGAGGCUUCUGGAAGAGGCGAAGCAGCUGGAGGCGGAGAGGAUGGGCGAGAGGAAGCGCGUUCCUGCAGUGUCGAAGCAGCCGCAGCCAAACCAGCAGCAGCAGAACUCGCAGAAGCAGCAGCAGGAGCAGUCGCAGGCACAGCAGCAGGUGGAGCAGCAGGUGCAGAAGCAUCAGGGGGAGCGGGACCAGAAGCAGCAACAGCAGCAGAAGGAGCGGCAGUUGCAUGAGCUCCGGCAGAGGGAGCAGCACGAGCAGCAGCGGCAGCAGCUGCAGCAGCAGCUGCAAGUGGAGCGGUUCAAAGGCGAGGUGAAGCGGGGGGGUAUGGGUGAGCGCGCCAAGGCACGUGCUCGCGCCAAGGAGAGGGCAAAGAGAGGAGCGAAGAUGGAGUGGGACGUGGGGACGCUGUUUGGAGAAGAGGAGGAGGAGGAGGACGGGGAGGGAGGGGAGGAGGGGAGGGAGUAUGAUGAGGGUGGGGGAGAGGGUUCGGGUGUGGGGAGAUCCGAGGAGGAGCAACGAGAAUCGGAGGCGGGAGGGGGUGGAGGAGGAGGAGGGGGAGAAGGAGGAGGGGGAGGAGGAAGAGGGGGAGGAGGAGGAGGAGGGGAAGAGCAAGAGGAGGCGGAGAAGGAAGGGGAAGCGCGAGACAGUGUCAAGGGUGUGGCUGAAGGUGGGGGUGCUCCUUGCGAAGACGAGGGGGAGAAAGAUGCAGGAGAAGAGAAGGAGGGCGAAGAGAAGGAGGGCGAGGAGAAGGAGGGCGAGGAGAAGGAGGGCGAGGAGAAGGAGAGAGUGGCUGAGCAUGGAGAGGGUAAGGAGGGAGAUAAGACGGAUGAAGGGGAGGGAUCAGGAGAAGGGGUUAAGGGGGGGGUGGAGAGUAGCAGAGGGGAGGAGGGAGCAGCAAGGGAGGGUAAGGAGCAGGCGAGUGAGGAGCAGGGAAGCAGGAGCAGUGGUGGCAGGGGACUGAGUGAUGGUGAGUGGGUGGAGGGAGAGGGAGGGUCUGUGCAGGGGAGCGAGCAGCAGGGGAGCGAGCAGCAGGGGAGCGAGCAGCAGGGGAGCGAGCAGCAGGGGAGCGAGCAGCAGGGGAGCGAGCAGCAGGGGAGCGAGCAGCAAGGGAGCGAGCAGCAUAGAAGCCUGUCGUUUGGGAGUGAGGGCGAGUGGCGGGCCAACCACGAGGGGAGAACGUCCAUUGGGCGAGGGUCAGUACGCAGCUCGGGGGGAGGAGAGAGGGACCGCGACAGUGAGAAGAGCAGCGAGAGGGACAGCGAGCGAGAGGGAAAGGAGUGCGAGAGAGGACCUGGAGGAGCGGGAGCAAGCGGGGAGGGGAAAUGGCUGGAAGGGGAGCGGGGCGCGGAGAGGGACGGUGGGGUGGCGAUACUCCCCCGGCCUUCGUCGCUGCGAGGAAAACUCGACAUUGUAGAGUUCAAGGGAAGCAGCAUGCUGCGGGCGAGGAAGCUCCUGCAUAGGGAGGCGAGGGAGAGCGGUGUUCAUCCCAGCGGCAGCAGCAGUACCAGCAGCAGUGCUGCGGCGCUUUUGUCGUCGACGAUUGGGGAGUUGGUGCAGGACGGGCGUGAGGUGGAUAGUGUGGGCGAGAUGCCAUCCACUCCCAGCAACGACAGCCGGUCCGAGCGAUCGUCAGAGCGGCACGAGGCAGGGGAUAGGGGCGACAGGGAGCGGGAGAGGGAACGGGAGCGGGAGCGGGAACGGGAGCGGGAGAGGGAGUUAGAGAGGGAAAGGGAGAGGGAGAGGGAGAGGGAAAUGGAGGUGGAACGAGAGAGGGAGAGGGAGAGGAUGGAGGUUGAGGGGCAGAGGAGGACAAGUAUUGACGGACCACCUGCACCACUGGACCCCCCUCCUCCUCCGCCGCCUCUGCCCCCUCCGCCUAUGAUGCUGGAAGAGGAGAGGCGGCGGAACAUGGCCUUGGGGAUGGGCGUGGGGGGCAUGGGGGGCAUGGGCAUGGGUAUGGAGAUGGGACAUGCAGGCAUGGGGAUGGGGGGUGCAGGCAUGGGGCCUGAUGGCAUGGGACCCAUGGGGGGACCAUAUGGGCCCGAGGAGCGGUUUGACGUGCGUGCGCGAGGGGAAUUCGCGCGAGGGGGGUACGAGACGUAUGAGGAGCAGGAGCAGUGGUACGAGAUAGCAGAGAUGGAGGCAGAGAGGGAGCGCGCGAGGGAGCGAGAGAUGGAGCUCGAGCGGGAGAGGGAGAGGGAGAGGGAGCGCGAGUGGGAGAGGGAGCGGGAGAGGGAGAUGGAGCGGCACAUGGAGAUGGCGCGGGAGAGGGAGCGCGAGAUGCUGGAGGCGCAGGAGGCAGCGAGAGCAGCAGAGGAGUCGAUCGAAGCCCAGGCAGUGGCAGAGGCAGUGGAGCUGCUAAAAGAACUGCUCGUGCGCUUCCCAGUGACCUGCAACAUGGACAUCCUUGCUGCUCACCGCUCCCUCGAGCUCUGCCGCCAGUGGACACAGAUGGUUCCUCUCGACCGCACUGCACCGCUCCCAGCCACCGGGCCGGGGGGAAUGCCGCUCAGCCUGGUGGUUUCGAACCCUGUGCGGGGCUUUGAAGUGGAUAUGAACGACCUGCUGUAUUUCACGUACGAGCACGCGUCUACGCUGUCCACAGUGGCGCUCAAGGGCGGCGUGGUGUGCGGCAUGUGGGCGCCCAUGAUCGGCCCCCGGGCUGCUGCUGCGGUGACGCUGCUGCAGAAGCUGAGGCGCGCGCCCACGGACGAGGAGAGCGAGAAGGCCAACGGCCUUGGUGGGGCAUCAGUGUCGGAGGCAGCCGGCGCAGUGGGAGCAUACGAGCAGCUGCUGGUCCUUCUCUUUGACUGCUCUCUCCUCUCCGAGCUCGGCGAGAACAUGGACCGCGGCAGCCGUGAGACUGACGCGUUCAUAGCGGCGCGCGACGCCACGUGCCGGGAUGCCAUCUCGGAGUUUAGGCGCUCGGCCCCAGCCAGCGACCGCGUGCACGCGUACAUGCUGCUGCUGCGCGUUGUGGGCAUUGCACUCGCGCUGAAUGUGGACUAUGUGCCGCUCGGGAGCAUGUUCCCCCCGAGCCUGCUUGGCAGCUUCCCGAUCCUGCGGCCAGAGCCGCUAUCGGAGGCGGAGGCGACAGUGGACAGCAAGCGCAUGGAGGCGCGGCUGCAGUUCCUGCUCGCCAUGAUCCUCGCCCAGCACCGCCAGGCCGCCGCUGCCACUGCGGCCGCUGCUGCCGCUGCCAGUACGCCCCGCCACGCCCUCCUCACUCCUGCUGAAUCCACUGCUGCAGCUGCUGCUGGUGCCGCUGGUGCUGCUCCUGGUGCUCCUGCUGCUACUGCUGGUGGUGAUGGUGUUGGUGCUGGCGCUGCGGGUGGUGCUGUGCCGAUGGCUCUUUCUGCUCUGGGUCAUGAGCCGGGCUCUUCAGGCAUGGGCAUGGGCAUGGGGCCAGGCAUGGGUGAAGCAAUGGCCAUGGGGGGAAUGGGCAUGGGUGGCAUGGGCAUGGGGCCUGGAAUGGGGAUGGGUGGCAUGGGUCAAGGUAUGGACAUGAUGGGUAUGGGUGCUGGUAUGGCCAUGCACCAAGGUAUGUACAUGGGUCAAGGUAUGCAUAUGGGCCCGGGCAUGCACAUGGGAAUGGGUCCGGGUAUGCACAUGGGCAUGGGUGCUGGUAUGCCCAUGGGUGCAGACAUGACUAUGGGGAUGAAUCCGGCCAUGGCCAUGCAUAUGGGUGCUGGUAUGCAUAUGGGCAUGGCCGGAAUGCCUCCUGGGAUGGGCUAUCCUGUGGGAGGCAUGGGUGACAUGGGCAUGAAUAUGCACAUGGGCAUGGGUAACAUGGGGAUGGGGCAUAUGGGCAUGGGGGCAAUGGGUAGCCUGGGGGGCAUGGGGGGCAUGGGGAGCAUGGGGAGCAUGACUGGUAUGGAUGGUGGCGGGAUGUCCCCUGCAGCACCAGCUCCCCCUGCGCCUGCUCCUCCCAAGGCGCAUGUGCAUCGGCUGCGUGUGUACGAGGCGCGGUACCGGGCGGCGUCCGCCUUUGCCCUGGCCAACGACCUGGGCGUGCCGCAUGACGAGCUGCGCCGCCGCCAGGUGGCACUCAAGUACCUCAAGCAAUAGCACCAUGCUCAUGCAUAUGCACAUGCACAUGCCCAUGCACAUGCAGCGGUGGUUGUGACGGGACUGGUGCUUUGGUCUCCAGACUCCUGCUGCUGCUGCUGCUGCUGCUGCUGCUGCUGCUGCUGCUGCUGCUGUGGUGCUCUAUGCGUGCGUGUGCAUCUACGAAACUCAUGAUACCUAUGCCUCGGUUUUGGUGGGCGAUUGCCUUGGACAUAACGACACACAGCAUGGUUUUAGGAAUGCAUGCAUGCUUCUACUACCUAUGGAAGCGUUAGUGCAGUACACAGGAGUGUGAAAAAACUGCAAAUUUUAGCGCAGUGGGUGUAAUCUUGACCUUCCCAA